AUGAUGAACUUAGGAGAAACUCUUGACACUGGCAGUGCAGACGGUCGUCCUGGUCCCAGUCCGACUUUAUCUGUCGGCAGCGGUGUCACACCAGCACCGUUGAAUUCCUCAACCGUCCACUUGACAAGGACUGUGGACAGCGAAUUAGGCGACACUAAUAUCGGCUAUGACAUCGCUGUUUCUCCCUUAAAUGCGGAGACUGAGUCUCUUGCAACUCGCCGACCCUCAGCGUUGGACAUCUUUCCGCCUGCAGGACUAAACCGCACAGACGACGGAAAGCCGUCGUCUUCCCAUCCUGCCUCGAAACCUUAUGUCACCGGCGGUGACGAAGGUAAAAAGCAAUCUGAAUGUUGGGAUGCAGAUGAAAACUUCCUCCUCAAACACACAAAGCACGUGUUUAUUCUGACGAGUGCAGGAAAACCCAUCUUUUCCCGUUACGGUAAUGAGAACACAAUCAGUGAACUAUUCGGUGUGUUUCAGGUACUUAUCACUAUGGCACAGCAGAAGCAGGAUGGAGGGACGUUGCAUUGGAUCAAUGCUGCUGAUCUGACUAUUUACUUUCACGUGGAUGGUGGACUUUACUAUGUUCUGGUAACUCGUGGUGGAGAGUCACCAUACAGUUGCAGACGUCAACUGAAACAACUUCAUUACCAAUUGCUAAGCUUAGUACCCAACGUCAACGACAUACUUUCGAGAUGCCCAUCGUACGAUCUUCGUCGUCUGGUUUCGUCUACCGAUGGGGGUGUACUGCGGCAACUAAUAAAACGAAAUAGCAGGGAGGAGUGUUAUAUGUUUCGCUGCCUCGCUGCUUCACCAUUGUCUGUCGCAAGCAGAUGUCAUUUGACAUCUAUUCUAACUCAGCACUAUCGCAGUGGUUUUAGCAAGGGAGAUAUCAGCAGUGAAGGAGGUGUGGCGGCUGAUUGCCACUUGUUUAGUUUUUUUUUCUUCAGGGGUCGUGUCGUCUGCAUGGUUGGUUUAGCUGAUGGCAAGGUAUCUCUGCACAUAGACGACACUCUUAUCCUGUUAAACUUUGUCCGCUGCCUUCCUCUUUCGCAAGUGGGUGAGAUAUGGGCCCCGCUUUGCCUCCCGCGGUACAAUGACACCGGCUAUUUGUGGUGCUACUGUACUGAUAUGGGUGCUAUGGUAAACGAGUUGGACUCUAGCGAGAGUGGAUAUGUGGCAAAAGACGACCAUCAUGGGGUAGAAAAACCGACUGCAAAGGAGCCAUUUGCCGAGACGAAGCGCAGUGAGCUCUUGUUAGUACAAGUUGCGAGUAGCCAACUGGCUUUUGCGCCCCUUUCGAUGCAGGCGCAUUGCAUAGCUCAGAUGUUGCAAACAUCAUUCACUCCGCUAAUCGAUGAGUUGGAGGCUAGAGAAAACAUACCGCUUUCACUCGCCCUACCAAACGUAGUAGCGCAGCGUCAACAGGAGGUGCACGAGAAAAUUAGUAGGCUGCUUACAAGGGCAGAACAGCAAUAUCCUGAAUGUCUUCCGUCUGCUUCACACGCACCCUCUUCGCUUCAAUUACCCCCGGUACCUGUGCACCCAUAUGGAUUGCAGUGGUUUGCAUUGAUCCUUAAGCAACCAUCAAACGUCAUAUAUAGUGAGCCUUCACCUGCUAUGAAGUUGGAUCCUCGGUUGAAGAAGCGCCAACUACGCUUACUUGUGAGGCUACGUUACGAGCUUGCUCUUCGCACAAACCAGAAUGAACAACUGCUUGUUUUGAACACAGAGGAGGUCAACGUGGUUGUUAUGAAACCUACUCCUAAUUUGCUUACGUCUCUUGUGCAACAGUUUGGAUCAAGGGAUGAGUGCGUUAACAAUGUUUCCCUUUCCAGUGGAAAUGCCACGGCGUUGUGUAGUCAUCUUCAGGAGUUGCUGCUUCUAUUCUCUCCGCACGUGCCGAAGCACCAGAUGCUACUUUGUGCUGUGAGUGUUGCGGUGGGUGUGAUGGCUCGUGAGUGUGAGUUAUCUUUACAGCAACCCCGUAGCAGCAAGUCGAGGGUGUGGUGA